UGGCAACACUGUGCGGAGGUAAACAAACCGCAGCUGUCACCCGCCCGCCGCCCACCAGCCUGAUAGAACAGCCCGGGCGUGCCCCACCCACGCCCGCCCCUCAGCAAUGCCCCUGUACGAAGGCCUGGGAGGGAUCGGCCUCAUCAACGAGAAGAACACCACCGUGGUGCUGGACCUGGGGGCGGCCUACACCAAAGCCGGGUUUGCUGGAGAAUAUGGGCCGCGAAUCAUCACUCGCUCUGAAGUGAAGUGUCGUGAAACAGGUCAGGCUGUACCAGUGUUCCAGUACAAAAACCAGGAUGAGCUGAGGCACCACAUCGUUGACUUCAUCCACAAGCUGUAUUUUAGGAACCUGCUGGUGAACCCAAAGGACAGGCGUGUGGUCAUCGUGGAGAACCUCUUGUGCUCGUCCGUCGUUCGUGACACAUUGGCCAAGGUUCUCUUCCGUCACUAUGAGGUGUUAUCGGUGCUGUUUGUGCCCUCACACCUUGUGGCCCUCAUGACACUGGGGAUCAGCACAGGGCUAGUGCUUGAUCUGGGCCACAAAGAAGCCACCUUGAUGCCCAUAUAUGAAGGGGUGGUGGUGUUCCAGGCCUGGCAGGCCCUCCCACUAGGGGGCAGACUCAUUGAGAGGUCAUUAUCUGAGCUGCUUCUGGACCGUGCUGUUGCUGUCACUGAGGAUGGCUCGGAGCACAGGUUGUCUGCCAUCAUGAAGGAGAUCCCGGAGAAGUGCCUCGAGGACAUCAAAGUUCGCACCUGCUUCGUCACCACCCUGGAGCGAAGCAGCCGCCUACAGAGCAACAAGUACGACCGCUCCCUUGAACCACCACCACCACCAUCCAGUGUGCAGUAUCCCCUAGAAGGCCAUCAUAUCCUCACCGUUCCCGGCACUGUGAGAGAGAUGGCAGCCGAGGCACUGUUUGAACGGGAUGAGGAUGCCCUUACACUUGCAACCAUGGUGCUGGACGCUCUAUUGAAGUGCCCCAUCGACACCAGACAUGAGUUAGCGGAGAACCUUUUGAUCCUUGGAGGGACAGCCAGCAUGAAAGGCAUGAAACACCGCAUCUUGGCCGAGGUGCGUGCUACAGCAGCCUCGGAGCAGUACCGGCACAGGCUCCCCAUCGCCUCCUUCAAGAUCCACCACCCGCCUGCCAAGGAUAACUAUGUGGCUUGGCUUGGAGGUGCCAUUUUGGGGGCGACAGAGGCGGUGAUGCUGCGCUCCCUGCCACGAGAGCAGUACCUCGCUGGGGACGUGUUGCCAGACUGGUGCAACUUGACCUUCAACACACGGGAUGAUCGGGACGAGAAGUUUGCUUGAGCAAGUUUGGUUUGAACCUUUAGUGGUAAUUGAAGUGGGCUGCACAAGGGGAACUGUAUAGUAAACAUGUAUAAGCUAUUCAUUUUUGCACUUUUCAUCAAAGAUACAUAUCGUCACCCUCAUAAAAUAAUCGCCUAAGUCAUUUUUCAUAGAUUUCCAGGUUUUUGUCUACAUCAAUAUUUCAACAAGUGACGUCCAUUUAUGUAUAGUUGCCUUCGUCAUUCAGGGUUCGAGUGUUCUAGAAUCAACCUUUUCAUUUCUGCCUAAAUCUUAAGACAAAUGAGAUAACGACAGUUCUUUUAUGAUUUCCUGUAAAGUAGAAAAUAAUGACUUAGGCGUUUUGUUUACGAAGGUGACGAUAUAUAGUUAUGAGUUAAUGAAGAUCAAGGACUCACUUAAGCUUUAAUUAGUGUUAUGCUCUCCUUAGAGUGAAAACAUUAUUCUAAACAGAUGUGUGAGUUGCAUCAAAGCUAACAUUGCAUUAAACCUUACCAUCAA